AUGCUGCGCAAGCUGACGGUAGAGCAGAUUAACGACUGGUUUACUAUCGGUAAAACAGUGUCGGAUGUGAAGCUUAUGGGCUCGUGGUUCGGGCAUGCCGACAGUGUGUCUCCGGGGGACCACCUACCGACCGACAGCACUCGUCGAUUCGCUCUAUUGCAGCUCGAAAAUGCGUACGUCAAGGAGUUUAGGGCGAUGGAGGAAAAAGAACUCGCCAUGUACAAGGGAAAGGCUGCGAAGCCGCCAGGUACGCGAUUCAUUCGCAAACUUUCCGAAAUGGACAAACUGCUGGAGCCGAUAUCCGAGCGGAGCUACCCAGACUUACCUAUCUCAAAAAGCAGGGAAGAGUUAAUAACCUUGAUUGAGAACAAUUCAGUCACGAUUAUUCACGGGGCAACCGGCAGUGGCAAAAGUACCCAGUUGCCGCAGUUCAUCUUGGAUUACCACAUGCAGAAGUCGUCGUUCUGUAACGUUGUUGUAACCCAGCCUCGGAAGAUAGCGGCUCGUAGCAUCGCGACUUGGAUAAGCAGCGAGCGGGGGUGCACGCUUGGUGGCUUGGUGGGGUAUCAGGUGGGAUUGGAAAAAAAGACAGCUGUGGACACUCGAUUGACUUACAUGACUACGGGGGUCUUGCUGGAGAAGAUAGUCAAAGCAAAAAGCUUGAUGGAGUUCACUCACAUUUUUAUAGACGAAGUUCACGAACGCACGGAAGAGGUGGACUUCCUAUUGCUGAUCGUCCGUAAACUUCUACGUACCAACUCCCGAUCCGCCAAGGUCAUUCUGAUGUCGGCCACUAUAAACUGCAAAGAGUUUGCGGAGUACUUCGCCACCCCGGUGUUUAACAGACUCGCGCCAGCCCAUGUGUUCGAGGUCGAAGGCAAGCCGCACGACAUUGAAGUGUUUUAUCUCGACGACUUGAAGCAGCUACCCCAGCACUUGACAUCAGCUCGGUGUUCCGAAGAAGCCUUCAUAAGUAAAGAAAUGUACGAAGUUGCAACAUAUCUGAUCCAGCUGUUUGACGACAUGGAGAAGACGGAACAAAAGCAAAAGAAAACGCACUCCAUGUCCGGCACUCAGCCAAACAGUGUCUUGAUAUUUUUGCCAGGUGUGUUUGAAAUAAACUACAUGCACGAGAUUUUUACAAAUAUGGUCCAAAAAAGGUUGCAUGUUUUUCCUCUGCACGCGAGCAUCACUCUGGAUGAGCAGAAUGCGGUGUUCAUGAGUCCGGUGUUAGGAUAUAGAAAGAUCAUUCUGUCGACAAACAUUGCUGAAAGCUCCAUAACCGUUCCGGAUGUGAAAUAUGUCAUUGACUUCUGCUUGACGAAAACCCUUUGUUGCGAUGAAGAGACGAACUACCAGAGUUUAAGGCUCAGCUGGGCUUCGAAGACCAACUGCGAUCAGAGAAAAGGACGCGCCGGCCGGGUUUCCAAAGGCUAUUGUUACCGACUGGUAUUAAGAGACUUCUGGAAGCACGUCAUACCGGAAGAUGUUAUUCCCGAAAUGCUGCGAAGCCCCUUGGGAAGUACGAUUUUGAAGGUGAAGCUCCUUGACAUGGGAGAGCCGAGAGCGCUGCUCGCCACAGCCCUAUCCCCUCCUAGCAUUUCCGACAUCGAGCGCACGAUACUUUUGCUUAAGGAGGUCGGGGCGCUGGCGGUAAAUGCCACCGGGGAUAAAGAAAAUCCCUACGACGGGGAACUCACGUUUCUGGGCCGAGUUCUCGCCCAGUUGCCCGUUCAGUUGCAGCUGGGGAAGCUCAUCGUUCUCGGCCACGUGUUCGGAUGCCUGGACGAAUGCCUUAUUAUAGCCGCGGCUCUCUCGCUGAAGAACUUUUUUGCGAUGCCGUUCCGGCAGUACCUUGACGGUUACAGGAAUAAGCUGCGUUUCUCUGCCAGCAGUCAGAGCGAUUGCAUUGCACUUGUGGACGCGUUCAAGUUAUGGCAGGCAUGCAAGGAACGAGGAGAGCUGAGACUCCCGAAGGACGAAUUGGAAUGGGGGAAAUCGAACUAUUUGCAAAUCAAAAGAAUGAGGGAGGUGUCCGCUUUGUACGAGGAACUGAAACAGAGGAUCGCCCGUUUCAACAUGCACGUGACCCCGAGGCCAGCCAUGGACCCGCAGUACAGCUACAAGCAACGCUUUAUCCUCCAGGUUGUCAUGGCUGGUGCGUUUUACCCCAAUUAUUUCACGUUUGUUCCAGCGGACGAAGAGUCCGCGGUCAGACAGCUGAACGGCAAAGACCCCAAAACCACAGUCAUGCUAAAUAACGUCCCGCAUUACGGAUUCCUCUACCACAAGCAGAUCCAGUCCCUUUUCAGGCAGUGCGGUCAGGUGAAGUCAGUAUUAUUCGAUGGCUCCAAAGCUUUUGUGGAGUUCUCGCGCAAUCCCACCGAGAGGUUUAAGACCCUGCCGGCUGUGUACUUGGCCCUUAAAAUGUCUCAGCUAAAAGUUCCACUAGCACUCAAUGUCCAUUCUACGGGAGCCAUCGAGGAGAGGAGUGAGAGAUCUGUCACUAUGUUAAAGCAAACACGGGUGAACGUGGACUUCCACAAGCAGACGGCAGAACCAGUGCACAUGUCUCAGAUCAUCACCGAGCAGGCAGAGAUUAUGAAAGGCCUCGUUUUAUCCAUUAACGUCGCCGAGGUGGUGGAAGUUGGCCAUUUCUGGGGUUUCAGGAUUGACGAGCGAAACACCCAUGUCCUGGAAAAGCUUGUCACGGAAAUCAAUCGCAGUGCGCUGAGCCCUCUUUCAGGAAGGCCGCAUCCAGACCUCGUCUGCUUGGCUCCAUUUACGGACAUGGAGAUCCCCGCGUACUACCGAGCCCGAGUAUUGUACAUUUCCGGAAACUCUGCAGCGGUUUUUUUUGUCGAUUACGGCAACCAAUCGAAAGUGGAACUGGGCCUUUUAAGAGAAAUGCCAAGUCACCUUCCGGACAUACCCUUUCAGGCCCUGGAAUUCAAGAUCUGUAAGAUGCGUCCGUCUGCCAAGUCCAUGAUACGCGGCGAGCGGUGGAGCCGGGAGGCCAGCGAGAGAUUCGACUCCUUAGUGAAUGGCUGCGCCCUCAUGGUGAAGGUUUUUUCCAUCGUUCACAGCGUCGUGCACGUCGACGUAUACAGACACUUCGGAAACCUGGAAGAAGUCAGCAUUCGGGACUUGCUGAUCGCCGACGGUUACGCCGAGCCCGCCGAGGAGUCGCAUGAAUCAAAACAAAGUAACGAGUUACUGAAGGAAAUGUAUCGCGUGCCGUCGGACUGUAGGAUGCCGCCCGCUCGCGGCUUCGAGAAGACGGAAGAGAAAUAUUUGAUCAACGCGUUGCUGGAAAGCUGCGCGAGAAAUUCAUUUGGAAAUCCGAGGAAAAGGGUGCUUCUCCAAGGUCCGUUUCAUCCUUUUGAAGUUCGUUUUCAUAGCCUGAUGCGCGUCUCCCGUUUCAGAUCAAUCCUGAUAGAGAAAGAAAGCAGUAACUCGGUGGUGGUUAAUGACGCCCCAGAAGAAACCCACCAGAGAAUGUUUGUGGCCGCGUCGGUGUCUGUGAACGCCUCCGGUUCUGUGAUAAUGUUACGGGACACGUCUCUGCUUCCUUCCAUUCCCGGGCUUCCUGCUCUCAUCAGCAUGCUGUUUUCUCCAGUAAUAGAGCUAAGGGUUGAUCAGGACGGAAGAAACUAUACCGGCGUUCUGUGCGGUUUGGGUUGUCACUACGACAGCGGGGUUGCCAUAUGGCCCGAACAUGACAUCGAGCUGGCAUUUGAUGCCGCCUUCGCUAUCGAUGAUCUGUUGAAGAUCAACUUAAUACGAUCGGCAAUCAAUAAACUGGUUUCCUACCACCACGGUGAUGACAUUAAUAUGAGUCAGAGCAGGACAGAGCGGCUCCAGGGGGACGUGCGCGAGAAGCUCCUCGACUUAUUUCAGAAAGACAAGCCACGGGAAACUGUGACGGCCAAAUGGCACCCAAAACAAUACCAGUGGAACCAGGUCGAUCCCAGAUUUCUCGUCGAUCAGUUCUCAGGACCGGAGGAAGAGAGAAAGUCUUCUAUUUACCAGCUGCAUAAACUUGUUUUGUUGAACGUUUAG